AGCAGAGAGCACCCAGUGUCCUCCGGUCCUCCCGCUGAGUCCCACCUCCAGCCCUCCACCCUGACAUCAGCUUUCUUUUUCUCUAGAUACUUCCCUCAGCCACUGAGCUCCUCCCCUUGAGUAAGUGCCAAAUAGCAGUGGUUUCUGUUUCCUAGCUGAGCUCCGCCCUGUGCAGAGUUCUGUCUUCCAUCGAGUGAGGAAGAGAGAGCAUUGGGUCCCCUGAGAUAGAAGAGAUGGCUCUCUUCAGUGCCCAGCCUCCGUACAUUAACCCGAUCAUCCCCUUUACUGGACUAAUCCAAGGAGGGCUGCAGGAGGGACUUCAGGUGACCCUCCAGGGGACUACCAAGAGUUUUGCACAAAGGAUUGUGGUGAACUUUCAGAACAGCUUCAAUGGAAAUGACAUUGCCUUCCACUUCAAUCCCCGGUUUGAGGAAGGAGGGUAUGUGGUUUGCAACACGAAGCAGAACGGACAGUGGGGGCCUGAGGAGAGAAAGAUGCAGAUGCCCUUCCAGAAGGGGAUGCCCUUUGAACUUUGCUUCCUGGUGCAGAGGUCAGAGUUCAAGGUGAUGGUGAACAAGAAAUUCUUUGUGCAGUACCAACACCGCGUACCCUACCACCUUGUGGACACCAUCGCUGUCUCCGGCUGCUUGAAGCUGUCCUUUAUCACCUUCCAGAACUCUGCAGCCCCUGUCCAGCCUGUCUUCUCCACAGUGCAGUUCUCUCAGCCAGUCCAGUUCCCACGGACCCCUAAGGGGCGCAAACAGAAAACUCAGGACUUUCGUCCUGCCCACCAGGCACCCGUGGCUCAAACUACCAUCCAUAUGGUUCACAGCACCCCUGGACAGAUGUUCUCUACUCCUGGAAUCCCUCCUAUGGUGUACCCCACCCCAGCCUAUACCAUACCUUUCUACACCCCCAUCCCAAAUGGGCUUUACCCGUCCAAGUCCAUCAUGAUAUCAGGCAAUGUCUUGCCAGAUGCUACGAGGUUCCAUAUCAACCUUCGCUGUGGAGGUGACAUUGCUUUCCACCUGAACCCCCGUUUCAAUGAGAAUGCUGUUGUCCGAAACACUCAGAUCAACAACUCCUGGGGGCAGGAAGAGCGAAGUCUGCUUGGGAGGAUGCCCUUCAGUCGAGGCCAGAGCUUCUUGGUGUGGAUCUUAUGUGAAGGUCACUGCUUCAAGGUGGCUGUGAAUGGUCAACACAUGUGUGAAUACUACCACCGCCUGAAGAACUUGCACGAUAUCAACACUCUAGAAGUGGCGGGUGAUAUCCAGCUGACCCACGUGCAGACAUAAGCAAGCUCUCUGGCCUAGGGAUAAGGGCUGGGGCACCCUGCCUAUGUCUUGUCAUCUCUCCCCUGUCUCAGCCCUGGCACCAUCAAAAGAGAUCAUCACUUACAGGAAUUCCAGGAAGGUGAAAUUCCCAAUUGACUCCCCUGCACAAAGGGGGUGUCCUGGGCUGUGUGGCACAUGGCUGUCAGUCCAUAGUCUGAGCCAUUGCCCCCAAGCUAGCUACAUACUGAGGGAAGUGACCCUCCUGGGUUUGCUCGGAUCUCUGAUCUUUCCCCCCUCUGUGGCUCUUUUCCUUCACCCCUUCAUCCCACUGGCCUUCAACUGACCCACAAUGUCUUGCCCAGUAUCCAUAAAAUAAAGAAAUAAUAUUGCUUGUCUACACA